UGGAGCAAAGGCAAAAGGGGAGCGGGGUAAAUGAAAACACUUUACCUGGCCUUUUUUCCGUGGGAUUUAGCAGCCAGCGAAAAUCGCCUGACGCCACCCAGGGCAAUGUUCCGGAGGCAUUUUUGAUCUGUCGUCGAGGUAACCUUUGAUAAGAGGCUCCUUGCCCAAGUGACGGAGAUUGUGGGCUUUGGAGCUGCUGCUCUCCCUCUGAGACUCUGACCGUCUUCCUCUGUCCAGCAUGACGGACGUGGUGAUCGUGAAGGAGGGAUGGCUCCACAAACGAGGAGAGUACAUAAAGACGUGGAGGCCGAGGUAUUUCUUGCUGAAGAAUGACGGUACGUUUAUUGGUUAUAAGGAGCGGCCUCAGGACGUGGACCAGCUAGAGACGCCGCUCAAUAACUUCUCUGUGGCACAAUGUCAGCUGAUGAAGACAGAGAGGCCGAAACCUAACACAUUCAUCAUCCGCUGCUUGCAGUGGACCACUGUUAUUGAGCGCACAUUCCAUGUGGAGACCCCAGAGGAACGGGAGGAAUGGACUAAAGCCAUUCAGGCUGUGGCUGACAGUCUGCAGAAACAAGAGGAGGAGAUGAUGGACUCUUCUCCUGAGCCCAUGGACAUGGAGAUGUAUCUAACCAAACCUCGGCACAAAGUGACUAUGCAUGACUUUGAAUACCUCAAACUCCUUGGGAAAGGCACUUUUGGCAAAGUCAUCCUGGUGAAGGAGAAGGCCACAGGAAAAUAUUACGCCAUGAAAAUCCUUAAGAAGGAAGUAAUAGUAGCAAAGGAUGAAGUGGCUCACACACUCACGGAAAACCGCGUCCUCCAGAAUUCUAAGCACCCUUUCUUGACGGCGCUGAAAUACUCAUUCCAAACACACGACCGCUUGUGCUUCGUCAUGGAGUACGCAAACGGCGGAGAGCUUUUCUUCCACUUGUCACGGGACCGGGUAUUCUCCGAGGACCGGGCACGGUUCUAUGGAGCAGAAAUCGUUUCUGCACUGGACUAUCUGCACUUGGAGAGGAACGUAGUUUACCGCGACCUGAAGCUGGAAAAUCUGAUGCUGGACAAAGACGGCCAUAUAAAGAUCACCGACUUUGGGCUUUGUAAAGAGGGCAUAACGGACGGAGCCACUAUGAAGACCUUCUGCGGCACCCCAGAGUAUCUGGCUCCUGAGGUGCUAGAGGAUAACGAUUACGGCCGUGCUGUAGACUGGUGGGGCCUGGGCGUGGUCAUGUACGAGAUGAUGUGCGGCCGCCUGCCCUUCUAUAACCAGGACCACGAGCGCCUGUUUGAGCUCAUCCUAAUGGAGGACAUCCGCUUUCCCCGUACCCUCGCCCCUGAGGCUAAAUCACUGCUCUCUGGUCUUCUCAAGAAAGAUCCCAAACAGCGGUUAGGAGGUGGGCCUGAUGAUGCGAAAGAAAUCAUGCGACACAAGUUUUUUGCUGGAAUCGUGUGGCAAGAUGUUUAUGAGAAAAAGCUGAUCCCUCCAUUCAAGCCCCAGGUUACCUCAGAAACAGAUACAAGAUAUUUUGAUGAGGAAUUCACUGCACAGACCAUCACUAUCACACCACCGGGAGAAGAUGAAAACAUGGAGCCAUUCGACAGCGAGAGGAGACCCCACUUCCCCAAGUUCUCCUACUCUGCCAGUGGAACCUGCUAGACGCCCCUAAUUCCCGUAUCAGCCUCCGCGCCACUGAGUCCAGCGCCUUCUGCUGGGUGCUUCGGGUAGCUGUUGCUCUUUUGCACCACUGAUGAACAUCACAUUCCCCCCACCCCCCUAUAACUCCACAACCUGACCUAAAGUGUACAGAGAAGCUCUUCUCCUGGAUUUUUAUCCGCUUCAGAUUCUGGCUUUUUUUUUCUUUUCUUUCUUUCUUUCUUUUUUCUUUUUUUUUUUUUUUUUUUACAGCAUUUUUGGUUUGCUUUACAUUUCAUAAUAUUGUGAACGAUAAAACAUCAACCUUCCAACAAUUUUUAUUUUCCUUUGUGGCCUUCUACCCUUCUGAUGAUUUUUUUUUUUUUUUUCUUUUUGAAAUACUGCGGAUGUGAGAAGGAAAACACACACACACACACACACACACACACACAAUCAAUGAGUACAUCAGCUGACAGGUUUUAUAGCACUUCAUAAACCAAGUCAGAUAUUUACAGAAGAUCUAUUGAAAUGCCAAAUAUACUUGUUUUACUUGUAUUUAAAGACAAAAAGAAGAAGAAAAAGAAGACCAAUCAUUUUGGACCAACUGAAACAUUUCUACAUUUUUAUACACUGAAAGACUGAAUUCAAGAAAGAGAAAAAAAAAACGUCUUGGAAAAAAGUGUAACAGCAUUUCAAUUAAGCAGAAACUGUAUGAAUAAUCAGUUUACUUCUAGAUGUAUGGACUAGAAUUGCUUUUGCUCCCCCCAUCCCCUGCUUUAGGCUACAAUUUUACCCUGCAUUUAUAAUCAUUUGUACUAAAUGUGCAAUACUGUAGCAAAAUAAUAGAUAGAUAGAUUCUAGUACCGUGGUUAAGUUCGAAACAAAGCCAAUUCUUAUUAGUUUUUUGGUUUUUCUUUUCAGUCCUCAAAGCAGUAAGGAGUUGUUCUCAUUUUAAUAACUUAAAAAAAAAAAAUGCACAGAUACAGCUAACUAUUCUGGACUUGAACAUUAUUCCACAUGUCAUGUAUUUUAUAAUCCUGUUGUCUGGGUACUUCUUUUCCAUUCUGCUUUUGACUUUUUUUCCCGCUCAUUCCUGUUUUUUUGGUUGUUUUCUGUAUUAAGUGCAUUAUUUGCAGUGCACGUUGCACAGCCUCAGUGAGGUACUACAGGUAGAACUACUCUAACAACUUUAAGGACUUUUCUUACAAACUUUGGCUUUGAAACCAAGGGGACCCGAGUGGCAGAACCAGCUUGCGACCUUUUGGACUGUUUUCUGUUUUGUUUUUUUUAACCUGGAUGUGUUCAAUAUUUAUAUAUUAAAAACCAGCAGAUAGACUGUGCAGGAAAAGCGCUCUUCCCUGCUUCGGAUGUUGUAACGUUUGUACAUUUCGGCAUUACUCGGAUCGUAGAGGAGCUACAUGUAAAAAACUAAACACGUGGUGGUGCUUUAACUCGCAAAGUCGGCCGUGUUUACAGACUUGAAGCCGUCAAGAGUGAUCGAGCCUGCAUAUUUGCUCUGUUUUAAUUCGAUCGAUGAGUUCGAUGAGGCGUUUCCGGUAACAAUUGCAGCCACAAAUUUUCAUGGUUUUAGCGGCUGUCGUACUUAAAAUGCUGAUUCAGAAAGAAUGAAAUGAGCUACAGUGAUACAUGGUUAUGAGUGUAAUUUAAAUUGAUUUAUGAAGUCUGGAACAAUGAAAGAAAGAAAGAAAACCCCUUACCUGAAGCUCCUUUACGCUUGAAGGUGACACGAACCAGCACAUCUCUCUAUUAAUCUAUUGCAAGGUGUAAAUACCGUGAAAUUGUUUUCAGAUACAAUCCAGUACAGUGCAUGUACAGAUACUGAAAUGAGACUUGUACAGUUAGAGAAUCUGUUAAGCUAAGCAUCAUGAACAUGUUUUUUGAAAGUGACCUUUGUUCUUGUUUUUGGGAACGGUCACACUUUUUAAGUGCAUUACUCUGAUCAGUGUUCAGAUUUCAUGUAGUAAUCAUCAGGCUAAACUUCAACAUGAGUAAAUGAAUGUAAAUGCU